AUGACAGUGACGUGGAAAACCAAUGACCGCGGAGCUCCACUGGAGGACUUCCUGAAGUCUCUGUUCGUGACUUCAGCAACGAGCCGAGGCGUGUGGGGACUGGACGCCUUGCUGCGCUGCUGCUCGGCGGAGGGCAUGGCCUCGCCGCUGCUCCUACAGGCCCCUCGCGGCUACGACACCAGGCUGUGGCAAUGGACAGGUGCUGCGGAGGACGAGGAGGAGCUGCGAGUUGGUGAAGAUGACAAGCUCUGUGUUCGGCGCCUCCAGAGAUUCUCCGGCGAGCCUAUGCCAGUCCGCUGGGAUUGCGAUGGUGGGACCUUUGUUGUGAGUGACUGGGCCCUGACUGGCCGAUCGAAUUGUCUUUGUUGUAUUCAAGAUAGUAUUAGUAUUCCUAUCAAUGCUGUGUGA